GGUCCAGGGGCGGGGCCUCUCGAGGGGACAAGUGCUGCCCGGGACGCGGUGGCGCCAUGGAGCUCCCUGGCUCUUCCGGCAUGCGAGUCCCGCUGCUCCCGCUGCUACUGCUGCUGCUGUCGGUGCCGGGCCGGGCGGGCCCCACGGCGGGCGUGCAGCCCUGGAGCCUGCGGGAUGGCUGGCGGGUGCGCAACGGGAACGGCUCACUGGAGCUGCCGGCGGUGGUGCCUGGCUGCGUGCCUGGCGCGCUGCUGCAGCGCGGCCUCGUGCAGGACCCUUACUACAGAUUUAAUGACCUUAACUACCGAUGGAUCUCCUUGGACAACUGGACAUAUAUCAAUGAAUUUAAAUUCCCCUUUGAUAUCAGCAAAUGGCAGAAAGUAAAUUUGGUUUUUGAGGGAGUUGAUACAGUGGCAGAAAUCUUCUUCAAUAAUGUCUUUGUUGGGAAAACAGACAACAUGUUCCGUAGAUAUAGCUUUGACAUCACCAGUAUGGCCAGAGAUGUGAGCUCCCUGGAGCUACGUUUCCAGUCGGCAGUGCUGUAUGCGGCGCAGGAGAGCAGAGCCCACACCGGGCUCCCGGUGCCGCCUGACUGCCCCCCGCCCCAGCAGCAUGGCGAGUGCCACGUCAACUUCAUCCGAAAGGAGCAGUGUUCCUUCAGCUGGGACUGGGGCCCCUCCUUCCCCACCCAGGGCAUCUGGAGAGAUGUCAGCAUUGAAGCCUUCAACGUUUGCCAUCUGAGCCACUUGACUUUCUUCCCUGUCUAUGAUAACACUGCCCAGGUGUGGAGUGUUGAAAUAGAAUCUACUUUUGACGUUGUCAGCUCAAAGCCAGUUGGUGCUCAGGUGGUCAUAGCCAUCCCUAAACUGCAGAUGCAGCAGACAUACAGCCUUGAGCUCCAGCCUGGGGAGAGAACUGUGGAGCUCUCUGUGAAAAUUAACAAGAGUACAACUGUGGAAGCUUGGUGGCCUCAUGGACAUGGAGACCAGACUGGGUACAACAUGACAGUGCUUUUUAAACUAGAUGGAGGCUUACACAUUGAGAAAUCUGCCAAGGUUUAUUUCCGAACAGUGGAACUUGUAGAAGAGCCCAUAGAGGGGUCUCCGGGGCUGAGCUUCUACUUUAGAAUCAACGGCUUCCCCAUCUUCCUGAAAGGCUCCAACUGGAUCCCAGCAGAUGCGUUCCAGGAGAGGGUCACCCCUGAUGUGCUGCGGCUCCUUCUGCAGUCAGCCGUGGACGCAAACAUGAAUGCAUUGAGGGUGUGGGGGGGUGGCAUCUAUGAGCAGGACGCCUUCUAUGAGCUCUGCGACGAGCUGGGGAUCAUGGUGUGGCAGGACUUUAUGUUUGCCUCUGCCCUGUACCCAGCUGACCAGCACUUCCUGGAUUCUGUGAGGGCAGAAGUUGCCUACCAGGUCAGGAGACUGAAACCCCAUCCGUCUGUCAUUCUCUGGAGUGGCAAUAAUGAGAAUGAGGGACUGCUGGCCACGAACUGGUUCCAAGUCCCCCUCAGGGACCUGGGCACCUACAUCAAGGACUAUGUGACACUCUAUGUGGCCAACAUCAGGGAGGUCGUCUUCGCAGGAGACAAGACCCGUCCUUUUGUGCCAUCCAGUCCUUCAAAUGGUAUUGAAACUGUGGCAGAAGGGUGGAUCUCGAGGGACCAUAAUAGCAACUAUUACGGCGAUGUGCAUUUUUAUGACUAUUACAAUGAUUGCUGGAAUUGGAACGUUUUCCCCAAAGCCCGAUUUGUGUCUGAAUAUGGCUAUCAGUCCUGGUCUUCCUUCAGUACAUUAGAAAAGGUCUCAGUGAAGGAAGACUGGUCUUACAACAGCACGUUCGCCUAUCAUCGACAGCACCAUCUGCAUGGCAACGAGAAGAUGGUUCACCAGGCUGCACUGCAUUUCAAGCUCCCGCAAGGCCCAGACCCUGUCCGCACCUUCAGAGACAUGCUCUACCUGACUCAGGUGGUGCAGGCCCAGUGCAUCAAGACAGAAACUGAGUUCUACCGCCGCAGCCGCAGCGAGAUAGUGAAUGGUGAGGGCCACACCAUGGGGGCGCUCUACUGGCAGCUGAAUGACAUCUGGCCAGCUCCUUCUUGGGCCUCUCUAGAGUAUGGCGGCAAAUGGAAGAUGCUGCACUACUUCGCCCGGCGUUUCUUCGACCCACUGUUGCCCGUGGGCUUUGAGGAUAAGGACGUGUUUUACAUUCACGGCGUGUCCGACCUGCAUGAGGACCGGAAUGUGAUGCUCACUCUGACAGUGCACUCCUGGAGCUCCCUGCAGCCUGAGUGUGCCCACACCACGAAGCCCUUGGUGAUGAAGGCAGGGGCCGCUACCCAUCUGUACAGUGAGCCCGUGGCCCACCUGCUGAGCAGGUGCGGGAGCUGCACCCGGCACACCUGCGUGUUCUCCUUCUACCUCUCAGAGGGCCGUGGGCGCGUGAGCCCAGUCAACUAUCAUUUCCUGUCCUCCCUAAAGGAUGCCAAGGGGCUGCUCAAGGCACGCAUCACGGCCACCAUCUCCCAACAAGGCGACACAUUUGCCUUUGACCUGGAGACAUCGGCGGUAGCACCCUUCGUGUGGUUGGACGUAGGAAGUGUCCCGGGGAGGUUCAGCGACAACGGAUUCCUUAUGACCAAUAAGACACAGACUGUUCUUUUUCACCCGUGGGCACCCACCAGCAAGAGUGACCUGCAGCGAUCUCUUCGUGUGACUUCCCUGAUGGACAUUUACUGAAGGGGCCCGGUUGUGCGUGUCCGCAGGUGACGUCCUCAGGCAGGGCUGCACGUACGCGUUCCUGGACCUGGCUGGGCUCGUUUCCUGAGUUAACCCCACAGGUGCUGUCACUAGGGCCCUUCCAAGAGUUCACAGGAAGGGGACAGUGGCAGUGUCUGUGGAACCGCACAUGGGAGGCUAUGAGGUCCCGUAGGCCUUUCAUAGUCAGCAUCGAGAAAUACUGUUCUUAAUUUUUGUUUUUAUUAGCACAAGUUUGUAGUACUUAAUGAUCAUGCUCACUGGGGGAGUUGUACAUAGCACAUCCAGUUGUUCCCAGCACCUCCCUCGCCCCUGCUUCUGUCUUGCUGAGUAAUCUCACCGAGAAGCCCGGUUAUUGUGGGUUCAGUCUUCAGAAUGACGGGCUUCUCGGUGACUGUCACGUUGAUCAUUAUUCCCAGACUGUUUAGGGGCUGAUCAUUGUUUGGUUACUAUUUGGGAGUAAGAUUGCUUGUCAUUUUGAAUUAUUAAAUAAAAUACUGCUUUAGUAACAAUAACUUAUUUUUCACAAGACCCUUAGUGUGAUCCUUUGAAAAAUAAACUGGCAUUGAAAUCACUGUGGGCCCUGGAAGUUUUGGAUGUCCUGACAUUGGCAUGUAUGUGGGGUGGGCUUCAGAUUUGGGUGAAUCCAAUGAGUUUUCCAGUUCAAAGGCCUGGAUUAAUGUGGGCCUGUCAGCCCUGGCACUAAAAUGAUGUUACUUUUAUCAACAGUUUAAAUCAUUUCUUUACAUCGAUUAACUGUAAGUUGCUUUAAAAUUGUUGACUUACUAUCACAUUUACAACAUUACAUUGAUAGAGAUAGGGGGCAAAAUGUUAACAUGUACCAAAUGUGAGUACAGCUAUGUGAAAUUUUUGUAUUAGUUCUGCAGUUUUUCUCUAAGUUUGAAAUGAUAUAGAAAUAAAAGCUGUGUAAAUUGCACUGACAA